AUGUCCCUUAAUAAAAUAAAAGAAAAGGAAGAAGAAAAAGAUAUAAUGGGUAAUCAAUUUGUGGAUGUCUCAGAGAACGGGGAGUGGAGAACAAAGAGUGAUAGAGAAAAAAAUCAGGUUAGACUUAGUAAAAAAAAAGAAAUUAAAAAAUUACAAAAAGAUAUUUGUGGCAAAUUAAAAUGUCAAUAUUGUCCCACUAUUAAAUUCACAUCAGUCAGAAUGUUCAAACUCCAUACAGCAUCAAAACAACACUUAAGUAGACUCCAACGCUCAAAUAUUUCAGAUACAUGGUCAUGCAAAAUUUGUCAGUUGGAUUUACCAAAUGAAUCAGAAUGGGAUAAACAUUCAAUUGGCAAAAAACAUUUAAAAAAUAUGCGAUUGUAUGCAGAAAAAAAUUUUCCAACAAACAGACCAUAUUUUGAAUCAGAUUUAAAGGAUAUCAAACAAAGCGAAUAUAGAGAGGAAACUGACGAGGAUGGGGAAGAUUUAUACCCACCCUUCAUUGAUGAGCUAUUAUCAUCUCUAAUUAACUUUAGUGUAAAUGAAGAGUUAAAAAACAGUAGUAAUAUUAGUGAUAGAUUAUUAUAUAUAGUUUGGAAUAAUAUAUAUUUAAGAAAUGAAAUUCAUAAACAUAUUUUAAAGUUUAUUGAAUAUAGUGUUAUAGAUCUUGAUAUAUCACAAUAUGACCAGUUUAAAUAUAGAUCAUAUAUAACAACACUUAAUUGGUAUGGUGAACCACUACCUGAUAAAAAUGAAUUUCCACCAUUUUUGACAAGUUUAUAUUUGUUCUAUUUUUUUGAAAAGUUAACUCCAACAUCUUUACCAAAUACAAUAACUACACUUACAUUCGGUAAUAGUUUUGACCAAUUAGUUCUACCCGGCACAUCCUCAUUCGGUGAUGGUUUUAACCAAGUAAUUCUACCCGACGCAUUACCAAAUAGUCUCACAACACUCACAUUAGGUAGCCAGGUAGUUUCACCGGGCACAUUACCAAAUAAUCUCACACAACUCACAUUCGGUCAUUAUUAUAACCAAGUGGUUCAACCUGGCACAUUACCAAAGGUGAGGAUUCUACCUGGCACAUUACCAAAUAGUCUCACAACACUCACAUUCGGUUAUGAAUUUAACCAAGUAGUUCCACCUGGAACAUUACCAAAUAAUCUCACAACACUCACAUUCGGUAAUAAUUUUAACCAAGUAGUUCUACCUGGCACAUUACCAAAUAGUCUCACAACACUCACAUUAUAUGAUUAUUUUAAACAAGUACUUCUACCUGACACAUUACCAAAUGGUCUCACAAAACUCACAUUCAGUCAUGGGUUUGAAGAAGAAACUAUCUGA